GUUUACCCGAGAUGUUGCCACUAAUAUUGUUCAGUUGCCAUGUGUUUGCGCAAGAUCAACGAAAAUUUAACGGAUAAUUUCAUGGGGGCAUUAAAAUAUUUCAUGCCCCCUUCAUGCUCCGAAGCACAGGAUUAAUCAUUUAAUUCCGAUAGUCCGGUAGUGGAAGAUAUUUUGGAUUUAUUCAGUCGUAUGCUUGGACGAUAAUGAGGAAGUUAAAUGCUAUAAUCGCGAAUUGCCAUGAAUUCAAUAUCUCCGGCCAGGGCCAUGCGAUAUCAAUUGAUAUUAUUUUGAUAAAUCAAUACCGCCAUUAACAGUGAGCAGUACAUUUGCACACUGACUUUGGCCACACCUAAAUCCUGUCCUAUUUUCACAAAAAAGCGAAGGCUUUUCUCCUGGAGCAUUUGUUUGUGUGCCGGUGAGUACCCGGCUGUGAAACAUGAGAGGCCGAGGAGGUACCAACAGGGAAUAGGGGAAUGUAUAAGACAGCAAUGGAGCAGAAUGGGUCACAGUGGUUAGGUGCUCCCAGCUGCUCUCGAGGCUCCUUUGCCUUCUACAAGUCUGUGAGCUGCAGAGGGGGACCUGCUGAGUUGGAGGGGGGCAGCAGCCCUGGGGGCCCUGGGCGGGUGUGGAAGCUGGGGGGCUUCUACUUUGUUCGCUGCAGCCCCCAGGAGCCGGUGUGCAUCGCCGAGGUCACUUUGCUGUGGGAGGACCAGACACAGCGCCAUCUGCUGGCCAGCUCCAGACUCUACUUCCUACCUGAGGACACGCCCAGGGGCAGGACCAGGGACCAUGGAGAGGACGAGGUGAUUGCGGUGUCCAAGAGGAUUGUGGUGCGCGUAGACGACUUGGCCAAAUGGGCCUGCACAGAGCCCCCACUGUGGAGGAGCGGCCGGGUGAAUGGCAGCCACCAGCUCGGAACCACUUCCCCCUCCUCAGACGCAGAGCAGUCAAAGGAGAACACACAAGGUGAUGGCGUGGGCGUGCGAGUGCUCAGCUACCCGCAGUACUGCCGCUACCGCUCGCUGCGGAAGCGCGUGGAGGAGCUGGGCGGGUCGGCGUCGGCGUGGCAACAGGAGGAUCCCCACCUGAAGACGCUGGAGGACAUCCGUGCAUCCAUGGUGCAGCAGAACACGCGCGUCCUCUACUGCAGAGACAUCUUCACUCACCCCACACUCAACAACAACACCAGCGUACUGGCACAGCUAGGAUGGCCGUCUCUGCGUUUGAAAGGCAGGCCCCGUAAGCGACGUGGCAUCUAUGCCAGGAUCCCUGAGCAGUCUGACCUUCCACAGGGAGAGGGGUGGAAAGAGCAGAUGAAUGACACGGUGCUGGGCGAUGCGGAGCUGCAGUGGUCGGGCGGCUGGAUGCAGCAUCCCGAGCAGCAGCUGUUCCUGGAUCAGCUGUUCAGCUUCAUGGAGCGACGCGGGUCCCCCAUCGGCAAGGUGCCCAAUCUGGGCUUCAAAAAGAUUGACCUUUUCCUCAUGUACAACGUGGUCAAGAAGCUUGGAGGCUAUGACAAUGUGACUAACCAGCGGAUGUGGAAGACUGUGUACAAUGAGCUGGGUGGAAGUCCCGGCAGCACCAGUGCCGCCACCUGCACUAGGAGACACUACGAGAGGCUUAUGCUGCCCUUUGAGCAGUCCCUGUGUAGUGGUUCCAAGCCUGCUUCGGCCCAGGUGGUGUUACCCAAGAGGCCCAGGGGGCGCCCUCCGCUCCACCUGCAGAAGAAGAACAGCCUCCCACCUCCAGCACCUACCCCCAAACCCCCACAGGUAGUGACUGUGGAUGGGGUGGUGGUGGUGAAGAGGGGAAGAGGGCGACCCCCAGGCCGGCGGAAACUCAUGGCAGCCAGGGCCAACAGCAACAACAACCAACAAGGCAGCACCCCCCUGCAGCCCGCACCUCCACCCAGCCAAGUGAAGGCUGCUCCUCCCAUUCCCACUCAGGGUCCAGAUGCCCCUCUCCCAUCUCCAGCCCUCCCCAACAGCACCCUCUUUCAAGCUCAGGUCUCCACCCCCACCUCGGCCACGUCCACCCCUCCCUUGGCCCCUCAGUCUAACUCCAUAAAGCAGGAGACUGAGGUAGUACCCACUACCCCCCAACUUGGGCGCCCUGUGACCCGGUUCAAUGGUGUCCCGCGAGCGACCUCCUCCCGCAACGCAUCAGAGUCGGCCACUUCCAAACUCAGUAGUGGGCCCUCGCAAACAUUAUCCGGUGCCUUGGCACCUACCAUGCCCAAAUCCAGUAGCGUCUCCCAGGCUGAACUAGCGCCCCCAGCCCCAAGUGCAUCCAAGUCGGCUGGUUUCUCCCAGGGUUCCUCCCCCACUGCCGCUGCGGCCCCAGCAGCAGCAGUAGUAGUGGUGGGCAGCAGCUCGUCGCCUACAGUCUUCAGCCCCACCAAGGGCCUCUGCCCCCUGGACCUGUUCAGGACUAAGAUGGGCCUGGGAGCCAUGGCCCAAGCCCUGGACUCUGCCUCCUCCAGGCUUCACGUCCCUUCUCCCUCUCCGUCUUCGGUGAGUAGGCACCCUGUGACCCCCAGUGGCCCAGGGACCUCCAGCCCCACCUCCACCCCCACCCCUACCUCAACUUCCACCCCAGUCAGGCCCGCAGACGCCCAGCCUUCUCCCGCUCUCCAGCACCAGCGCUCUGGGUCCUGCACUAAUGACCAAGGGGUCCUGGUUGAAGUUGGACCAUCAGCAGCAGCAGCAGUAUUGCAGCCCCAGCCCCAGCCCCAGCCCCAGCCUCAGCGGUCCCAGCCUCCCCUCCGUAUCCUCCCCCUGGAGCUGGGCUGCAGCCUGCAGGUGCGGCAGCUGAUGCUGAACAGCCUGAGCUCCGAGCACGUGCAGUGCUUCACCAAGCGGCUGUCGGAGGCGCUGGCGGAUGCGGGACCAACACCCCAAGCACCACCGUCACAGACACAGACGCACCUACCCCAGUCAUUGCCGCCUUCAGCGACCCCCAGCUGCUCCUUGGCGCUUGCCUCCCCACCGAACCCGUCUGCACCGAUCACGUCAUCACCGCAGGGCGAACAGGCCCAGCCGCUCAACCUCACCAUGUGGGGUGCAUACAAGAGGCCUGCUGACGGGGGGGACCACCCGGAGGGACACCGUGACGGCGAUGACAAUGGCCCUCGGCCUCCCGUGGCCAAGCUGUCCAGACUGGACAAGGACGGGCUCCCGCUGAUGCACAACGUGGGCGGCGUCUUCCGCUUCCCGCUGUUCCAGGACCAGCCGGCGGACCUCAGCCUGCCCUGCCGUCUCCGCGCCAUCCUCCGGGACAGCCGCUGCCUCUCCGCCAAGAGUCCCGAUCGCUCAGAGCGCCACCGGCAUUCCACCCCGUUACGAGCGGAAUCCACCCCGUUACGAGCGGAAUCCACCCCGAUGAAGUUGGAGUCCACCCCGUUACAGACAGAAUCCACCGGCAUUGAUCCUCUGGACCCCUCCUGCAGGACAGAAGUCUCGUCUAGAGCUGUUGAAGAGGUACAAGGAGGUGCAGUGGGCCUCGUAGACGGAGCUCCGGUGGAGGUGAAAGAGGAAGGUGGCGGGGUGUCUCCUGGGGGAGUGCUGCAUUCAGGAGGAGGUGACGGGUCAGGUGGGACUCCCAUGGAGGUGGACAGCAGCAGCAGCAGCAGCAGCAGCAGCAAGGAGGCUGCAGACGUUCCCAGCACACAGCGUAACGGUGCCACAGACAGGGGUGCUGCCUUGGAAAAUAGGGCAGAUGUGUCUCGGGUGGGCCAUGGAGAGCUGUCCAAUGGGAAGGCGGGUGCCUCUGGUGAUCAGGAAAUGUUGACCAAUGGGGAUUUAGCCUCUAAGUGCAGUCACGAGGAACUAGCCAAUGGACAGUCGGAUGCUCAGGCUGGUGAUGGAGUACAGGCUGCUGGGAGGCCAGACAUUCAAGACUGCCAUAUGCCACGGACCAAUGGGGAUCGAGAUACUGAUCAUGAACACGUGGCGUCGGCCAAUGGGCAUUCAGAUGCACGUGAUGAACAAAUGCAAUUAGCUAGUGAGCAUCCAGACAUUUGUAAUGACCACAUAGCGUUGGCCAACAGGCAAUCAGACGCUCAUGAUGCACAAGAUGAAUUAGCCAAUGGGCAUUCAGAUGCUUGUACUGAGCACUUGCCAUUGGUCAAUGGAGAUGCUUCUACUGAAAUCAAGGCAUCGGACAAUGGGGAUUUAGAUGCUCAUGACGAACAAUUACAAUUAGCCAACGGGCAUUCGGAUGUUCAUGACGAAGAAAUUGAAUUAGCCAACGGGGAGCCAGAUGCCUGUGAGGAAAGCAUGCUAUUUGCCAAUGGGGACUCGGAUGCUCACAAUAAGCUCAUGGCGUUAGCUAGUGGGGACUCGGACGUUCAUGAAGAUGAAGAUCAUGAGACAUACACGGAGGGAUCCUUCAUUUCACUCGUCUUGCCAGAGUCUCCUCCCCACAGCCACUGUAACUCCAUCUCCAACACACUUUUAAGUUAACAAAACCGAUUAAGCACCAUGUGAUCAUCAAAAAAAACUGACUAACCACCAUACGAUUAAAAACUAGCAAUUAAGUCACUCCUGCAGUCUGUUCUUCAGUUCCCCCUGGUAUUGGAAUCUUAAACAUAAACUGAUGAUACUAGAUCCCUUGGUGCGGAGCUCGUCCUUAAAUCCAUGUGUCAAAUCUGACUUGAGAACCCACUGCGAGGUAUUAUUCCUGGCCUUAGGUUGUUAAGUUCCUGGCCUUAGUUUGACAAGUACGUACUUGCAGUGGUUCCGAGUGGGAUGGUAAGCAGCUGAGAGUGUGGGUGGAUCUCUUUUUAAAACGAUUGUCCUUCUUGCUCUGUGUUGCCUCCCCAAGGGACAAGGGACUCUGAUGCAUUCUCUUCGUUUUAUUCGUUUUUUGUUGUUUGGGCCAGGACUAGACGGUGGCGGUUGAACAGUAUUUGUUAUUGUUGUCCUUCACCAUCAGUCAGACAUUGGUCAUGUCUGCUGUUGGAUGUCAUGGAUGUUUAUUUUUUUGCAAGUUAGUCUUCUCCUACUGAACUCUUUUUUUUCUAAUUCUUUAUUCGUGUAGAAAGGCCAAUGCCUUCAACAUGAGCUGAUCUGGUGCUGGUUUUGAUCAAUGUAUUUGCCUUUGUGCCUUGUGUGUGUGUGUGCACGUGAGUGUGUGUGUGCGCGUGUGUGCGAGUGCGUUAGCAUGAGUGAGCAUGUGUGAGUGUGUGCAUGAGGUGUGUGUGUACAUACACUAAAAUGUGUGCCAUUUUACGAUAAGUCUAAGAAAGAUUUCUCCUAUUUCUUAUCCUCAUUCUCUUUAAUUUAUCGUCUAAACCAACCGUUUCUUUCUUUUCUCUAAUGUAUAACUGUUAACAUAAGUCUACUCUACUCCUCAGGCCUGUUUGUAGUUGCUAUUUUGUAUUAUUUCCAUGUCAGUGGUUUUAGCAUUCUGUUCUAUUUAUUAAAACUACACCUCAGCUGUAACCUUUAUUGUGAGGCUGUUGAUUGGUGGGACUCUUCCUGUAUGUCAUGAUGUAAUUUCCUGUGACGAGCAUCGGCUGUUCGGCGUGAUCCGUUUGUUUGUUUUUGUUUUUUCUUCCUUUUUUGGUGACCGUUUGAUGGCUUUCUGGUCAGCACCCAAACGUCUGGUCAGCAUCUAAACGUCGCUGUAGUACUUGAUAAAACAUAUUUUGUUAAGCUUCUAGACGUACAUUGCCUUUCUCUGCCUUCUUACUUUCUUGAUUUUUAAGUAUUUAUCUGGUCUUUUUUGUUGUUGUUGUUGUUGUUUAUAAAUGCAUUUAUAUGUAGACAUUCAGCUUCUCAGACAUGGAUUUCAAGAAACUGUUUACAAUCUAAUGUGCAUGCCAAGAGCUUGAUAAUUAUGAUUCAUCUGAUCUUAUUCUGGUACACAGUACUGUUGCCUUGGCUAGUUUUAAAUUUAAAAUGUUUGUGAUGGAAAUGUUGUUUUCCCUCUGAAACAAAAAACACACCAUCAUGUCUUCUUAUGUCUCGACGGCCAUUUUAUGUCCAUUGAACCCUUCAAUAUGGUUUUUCAUGUAACGUGAAGCAUGGGUAUAGGUGACGCUUACUACUGAUAAUGUAUUGAGGUAUGACUGCCAUCCCCCCAUAGGACAAAACAAGGUCUUAGACCAACC